AUGUUUAGAAGAACUUUAUUAAAUACCACCAGAUUCACUCCAAUCAGAACAACAACUCCAAAAUUCAUUUCAGUCAGAUUCAUGUCAACUGAAAUCAAAGAAGCCAUAGAUAAAGCAGUUGCUUCAUCCCCAGUGGUUCUCUUUAUGAAAGGUACUCCCGAAUUCCCGCAAUGUGGAUUCUCAAGAGCCACUAUUCAAACAUUAGGACAACAAGGUGUUGAUCCCGAGAAAUUCGCCGCCUAUAACGUAUUAGAAGAUCAAGAAUUAAGAGAUGCCAUUAAGGAAUAUAGUGAAUGGCCAACUGUUCCUCAAUUAUAUGUGAAUGGACAAUUUGUGGGUGGGUGUGAUAUUGUUAUGCAAAUGGCUAAAAAUGGUGAAUUGGCUGAAUUGUUGGAAGAAAAUGAUGCUUUGGUUCCUGAAGAAGAAGAAGGAGAUGAUGUUGUUAAAGCUGCUGAAGUUAAGCCAAAUAGAGAUUAG